AUGUCCACGACACAUGAAUCCGGCUAUUCGCCCCCAUUUCGAGUUUCUCUCGACCAAAUUGACUACACUGUUGGCCCUUCAGGCCCGUUGGACAACGUCAAUAUGCCUGUGGUCCCAAUACUCAGAGUAUAUGGUAAUUCAUCAACGGGGUCUAAGACAUGCGUGCACAUCCACCAAGUUUAUCCUUACUUUUUCAUUGACUAUGUCGGUUCUGUUCGGCCUAAAGAAGUCAAACGUUACAUCCAUAAACUUGUCAAGUCGCUCAAUCAUGCAAUAGCAUUAUCCCUCAAACGCAACCCAGAGUCCCCGAAAUCCCAGUACAUUCGCGCCGCAAUCCUUGUCAAAGGAGUUCCCUUCUAUGGCUUCCAUUCUUCCUACUCACCAUACCUCAAGAUUUAUGUUGCCGACCCAGCAUUGGUCAAUCGAGCAGUCACCAUCCUACGAUCUGGAAUCGUCAUGAAGGCGCGUUUCCGCAUCUACGAAAGCCACCUCAGUUUCCCCCUUCAAUUCAUGUGUGACUUUGGGCUAUAUGGCUGUGGAUUCUUGGACAUGGAAGGCGGCUGGGAGCGCUGCAAUGACGAGACGGACGACGUCCAUUCACCCUUGUUCCAGCGUUCGCCGCACUUUCGUCAGUCCACGCUACCUCUGGAAAUCGAUGUCAUCGCUCCUCAAAUACUCAAUAGACAUGCCUUGACUCCGAGGCCUGUACCUUUCACCGGUGGAGACUCGUCAUCGCCAGCUCCGCCAGACGAAAGACUCGUCCUCAGCGUGAAGGAGCUAUGGGAGGACGAGAGCAAACGGCGGCGGGCUAUGGGCCUGAAUCCGUCCCCAGAAAUACCUGUGGAGCUCAGCGACAAGUCUAGAGGGGCAGGAGGGGACUGGGUUGCUGAAGCCAGGUAUUGGGAAGCAAUCCGUAAGAGAAUCGAAUCGGAGGCCACCGUUGACUUUUCGAAAAUGGAACGUCAUCUGUGGGAAUACAGGGUCAUGACGACGUUUGAGAGUAUAGAAGCGCUUUGGGAAGACCAAUGGAAGACGUGGAAACCAUCGAAUCCACCAGAGGGCCAGCAAGGUGAACAAGAACAAGGGAAUCUGGACCACCAACAUGCGGGAGACGGUCAGGACACGGUGGAAAUUGACAUGGAGAUGUUGUCAUCGCAAACUUUCGAGCUACCAGAAGAACAAGUUGACGCAGAAGAGCCGGUGGAAGACCAGGGGCAGGAAGACCUGUGCGACGUGGAAGACGAAGAACCAGAGCAUGGGGAUGAAGAGGAGGAGGAGGUUCAGUCGGACAAUGAGAUAGGGCAACGAGAUAUAGCAGAUGUGGAAAAUCCUUUCAAACAGGAUGAAUCGUCCUCAGCGUUGCAGCCUGAACGAAACAGUGAAUAUCGAUUGAAAACCCCUCCCCUUCUUUCCCAAGUUUCCGGACCACAGUCGAAAGGAACAUCGCCCACACCUGGACAUCGAAUAUCCUCCAUGCUCACAUCUGACAUUGAGUCUGAUUUCGAGGAAUCAAAGCUUCAGGGUCAAUCAGAUCCAGGAUCCCCAGUCGAAGGGCACCGUCGCAAGAGGAGAGGCAUUAGAUUCGAAGAGGACGUCCCAGAUUCGAGCCCUAGAAAACGACAGAAAGUAAUGUUCUCUGAGCCAGGAGAAACUGCUGAAGUGCCUUCUUCCACGGCAACGAUGCCCAAGCGAGGACCGUCUAUCAUCCCACUCCGCACUGUGCACCUUUCACGAGCCUAUCAUACUUGCGCCGCCAGCAAUUUAAACCGCUAUCAAUAUUCGAUAUCUCCGCCAACUCAUCAGGAACUAAAUGCGACAAUGGAGAGCUAUGGAGUUGCUCAGCGAUUGUACCGUGUUCCGUACUACUCAAACCCGGACGACGUACCAGACAAGCCGAAGGAGUACGGCGGACUCAUCUUCCAUCUCAAGGGCGACACCCUGGACGCGCUAGAAGAUUGGGCUGCGCCAAACCUUGAUGAUGCCACCGUCCUUCCAUACUUUCAAUUCGAUUCGGAUGGAAUCGCGGGCUGGGAAUAUGCCAGCCAUCCUCCAACUAUGAGAGAAACCAAGAAGUGGCUUCAGCGAGAAAAUAGAAAGGAUUUAAAAAAUCGACCCAAGAAGUUGCAAUCCCAGAUAGAAGGGCCUACUCAGGCUAAUAUAUACGGCUUCGAUGAAUCCCCGGCUAGAGACACGCACGGUCUCCGUGGAACCUCCAAUUUCACCAUCCUCUCCCUUGAAGUAUUCGCCCCGACGGGAGACGGGGGUCUUCCUGACCCAGAGAAAAAUGAAAUUGCUGCUGUUUUCUAUGCUCUCCAGACUGCCGGGGAAACAUCGAUCCAGGCUGCAAUAAUGGCAGUCAACGCUCCUCCCUCCGACCCUAGAAGACUGCGCGAGCGCUCUAUCGAGUACGCACACAGUGAGAUAGAUCUCAUCAACAACAUAGUUGAUGCAGUCGUGGACUUGGACCCGGACAUUAUCACAGGAUGGGAAAUACAGAAGGGCCUGGACCUCAGUGAAUUGAUUGGCAGAGCCCCACAUCGCUAUGCUGGUCGCUCGAACGAUCAGUGGGGAUUCCGCAAGACGUCAACUUUCCAAGCCGUUGGACGUCACGUUUUCAAUACAUGGAGGAUCAUGAGGUCAGAACAGACCCUGACCAUGUACAGUUUUGAGAAUGUAGUCUUUCACGUCUUGCGGAGGCGGUUUCCGAAGUAUAGCCAGGAAACACUGUCAAGGUGGUAUAGGAGCUCAGUGCCCGCUCACACCUUCCGUGUCUUUGAUUAUCUACAGAAAAAGUCUUGCAUGGUGCUGGAGAUCUUGGAGGAAACGGAAGUAGUGACCAAGACGGCUGAAUUCGCUCGUGUGUUCGGAAUCGAUUUCUUCUCAGUUAUCAGUCGGGGAUCUCAAUUCAAGGUUGAAUCGUUUAUGCUUCGGAUUGCAAAACCCGAAAGUUUUGUCCUGAUCUCUCCAAGCAAGGCCGACGUUGGAAAACAAAAUGCUGCAGAAUGCAUGCCCCUGAUCAUGGAGCCGAAUUCAGCUUUCUAUACGAGCCCUAUGAUUGUCUUGGAUUUCCAAUCGCUCUACCCGUCGGUUAUGAUUGCAUACAAUUAUUGUUACUCGACUUGUCUCGGUCGUGUGCACCAUUUCCAAGGGACGUGGAAGUUUGGAGUCGACAAGUUGAAUCUUCCAGAAGGUUUACUCGGCUACCUGAAAGACGAUAUUACAGUGGCUCCCAAUGGGAUCAUGUAUGUUAAGAGCAAAGUCCGUCAAGGUUUACUCGGUCGCAUGUUGACCGAGCUAUUGGAUACUCGGGUGAUGGUGAAGCAAGCAAUGAAGGGUGUUAAGAACGAUAAGGCUCUGAAACGAGUGCUAGACGCUCGCCAGCUAGCCCUCAAAUUCAUCGCCAAUGUCACCUACGGCUAUACAAGUGCAACGUUUUCCGGAAGAAUGCCGGCCGUAGAAAUUGCGGAUAGCAUCGUCCAAACAGGACGGGAAACUUUGGAGAAGGUGAAGCCUGGGCGAUUAGAAGUUUCCUCGAAGACUUAUGAUCCUGGUUACGAUUUACAGGCAAUUAUGUUGGUGAAUAACACCAAGAAAUGGAAUGCACAGGUCGUCUACGGGGACACGGAUAGCAUGUUCAUCUAUCUGCGUGGAAGAACAAAGGAAGAGGCGUUUAGAAUAGGCCAUGAUAUAGCGGAUACCGUGACGGCCAUGAACCCGGUCCCGAUCAAGCUCAAGUUUGAAAAGGUCUACUUGCCCUGUGUCUUGAUGGCUAAGAAGCGCUACGUCGGAUUCAAGUAUGAAAGCAUCGAUGCAUCAGAACCCGGCUUCGACGCGAAAGGUAUAGAAACUGUACGGAGAGAUGGGGUUCUAGCUCAAAGGAAAAUGACGGAGAAAGCGCUCAAGCUACUGUUUCGAACGCAAGAUCUGAGCCAGGUCAAAGACUACUGCCAACGCUCUUGGACGAAGCUUCUAGACAACAAGGCCAGUCCCCAGGACUUCGUCUUUGCGAAGGAAGUGAGGAUGGGAACGUACAGUGACAAUGGUGUACCCCCUCCUGGAGUCAUGGUAGCCGCCCGGAAGAUGCUGCAGGACCCGAACUAUGAACCGCAGUACGCGGAAAGAAUUCCAUAUGUGAUUGCCAAAGGAGAGCGCGGUGUGCGCCUCGUAGAUAGGGCUAUGGACCCUACCGACUUUCUGGCGGACAAGACAUUAGAGCUGGAUGCAGAGUAUUACAUCGAGCGAGUGCUGAUUCCACCUCUCGAGAGAAUCUUUAACUUGGUAGGGGCUGACGUGAAACAAUGGUACCAGGAACUGCCCAGGGCGGUACCUGCAGAUAACGCUUCUCCGAAAAAGAUUCGCGCCUCCAUGAGCCCCGAAAAGCAGGAGACGGAAGCGUUCAAUCCAAUGGAAUGUUUAGUCUGCGGAGAGCCUUCCAACGGAGAUCUGUGCUACGAGUGCCACUAUAUUAACAGAGAGGAGACAAUUGCCAACCUCGGGGCACUCAUUCGACGAUCGGAAAGGCGACUUGUCACUGCGCAAUUGGUUUGCGCGUCGUGCACCGGCUCGGCCACAACAGAGUUAAUUGAGUGCGAAUCGUUGGACUGCCCGUGGUUCUACGACAGAGAAAAGCAAGACGAGGACCUGGCAUUGAACCCUAUAUAUGAUGCUUUGAUCAAGGACAUAGAGCUGGGCGAGGAUCCGGAGGUCGAGGCAGAGGAAUAUUGA